UCGCAGGGGCGGUACGUUAAGCGGAUAGCAUGAAAUGGACGUGCUGUGAUGUGUUUGCGGGCUCGUCUGUGAAGCGGGGCGGAGGUAGCGCUGUGUUUAUAUACGGUAUAAUAAGUCAGACGUGUACAUUUGAUGCGUUUUAUAUGGAUUUCCUCGUCAUGAUAUGAAUAAUGAAAGCCGGGGCUGUUGGGUGAGAAAGUUUGGUUGACUCGUAUGCGCGGAUGCUGUGUGAAGUGCUGCGGCUGCCCCUGCGUGUCGUCACACGCUGUCUGAACUUGAACACAGCUCGCCCCUGUGCUAACCUUACUCAAUAGUAACACAAUCGCAGUCUCAGCUGCAGCUAAGACUGUUGAAAUGGCUUGGAAACAUGAUGCCUUGUGAGGCUGAUGAGUAAAGACGCUUCACCCUGGGAGCGCUCACCAAAGAUAUUCCAAUGAAGGGGGAUGCUGAUUCUGAAGAAUUUAAGUCCGAGUGCUGGUACAAUAUAGAAAGCCCCCACAAAGCUUCCAGCAGCCUGAUCUCUGAAAGCGAGUUCUCCUGCCACUGCUGCUAUCACAUCCUGCUCAAUCCCACCACCCUGAACUGCGGACACAGCUUCUGCAGGCACUGCCUGGCGCUCUGGUGGGAAUCAUCCCGGAAAACAGAGUGUCCGGAAUGCAGGGCGAAAUGGGAAGGCUUUCCCAAGGUCAACAUCCUGCUGAGGGACGCAGUAGAGAAGCUGUUCCCUCAGGUUGUGGUGGAGAGGCGGGGUGAGGUUGACUCGAGCCCCAGGAUUGUACAGAGCCUGUCUGCGUUCCAGAGGUACGGGGAGGACCAGGCUUCCCAGGGGCUGAACCCGCUCAGCGGGCACCGGCCGCGAGGGUCCAGCUUCUUCUCGGGGGUGCUCGCCGCCCUCACCUGCGUCGCAGUGGUGCUGCUUGGGUAUCACUGGAGCAGCAGAGAGGCUCAGCAGGAUCUUCUGCUCCAUAAACCUGUGACAAAGUGGACCACAGAAGAUGUCAUUCUGUGGCUGGAGCAGCUGGGACCCUGGGCUUCUCUUUAUAAAGAGAGAUUUCUGGAGGAGCAAGUGAAUGGAAGACUCCUAAUGAUGCUUGAAGAAGAGGAGUUUGCCAAAAGUCCCUUCAGCAUUGAGAACCACACCCACAGGAAGGCAGUGCUGAUGGAGCUGGAGAGAGUGAAAGCACUGGGAGUCAAGCCUCCUCAAAACCUCUGGGAGUACAGGGCUGUGAAUGCUGGGAAGUCUCUGUUCCUGGUCUAUGCCUUGAAGAGCUCUCCCCGCCUCACUCUGCUCUAUCUGUACCUGUUUGACUACACUGAAACAUUCCUACCCUUCAUACACACCAGCUGCCCUGGCAGUGGGGACUCAGCUGAGGAGCCAGAUAUUCUAACAAAGCAUUUGCUGAAUGACCCCAGCUGGACGCAGUGGGUGGAGUUCCUUGUGAAGUACUCCCUCCUCCCGUACCAGCUGAUGGCAGAGUUUGCCUGGGACUGGCUGGCUGUGCACUACUGGACGUCGCGCUUCAUCAUUGUCAAUGCUAUGCUGCUGUCUGUGCUGGAAGGCUUCACCCUCUGGAGGUUGUGGUCACGCGGGGAGCUCAGCAGGGCUCUUCCUCAUCGCAUGUGGAGUCACUUCUGGAAAGUGUCAAUGCAGGGGCUGCUUGUCGCCAUUGUCUGGCCCAUGAUUCCACAGUUCAUCUGCAACUGCUUGUUCUACUGGGCCCUGUACUUCAACCCCAUCAUAAACAUUGACCUGGUGGUGAAAGAAGUGCGUCGCCUGGAGACGCAGGGGCCGUAAGAGAAGUUAAACCUGCUUUAAAACCUUCACAUCCUCGCUACUGAAAAGCCUUUUAAACGCCACGUGCUAGAAACGCGGUGGUCUGAUGUGAAAAUGAAGUCUGUGAGACUGCUGUAGCUGUGCCACGAUGAUGUCAAGGUAAACGUUUUUGAAACAACAUUGAAAAGCAAUUCUUCAGUGGCUUUCAAACCCAUAUCAAGCCGAACUGUAAUGUUUAAAUGCAGCUUUAAUGAAUAACCUGAAACGGAUGCAGAAGAAAAGUGUGAUUGAUUUUAGAAAAGGAAACCCACCUGACGCUGAUCAAAUCGGGUGUUCGGUCUCUUUUACCACCAAAACAAACUGAUUUUAAUUUUAAAAGAUAGUAAUUGCAGUGUUCAAUGGCAUGUGGCAGUGGAACUGGUUACUGCAUGCUGUGUGAUUGGAUGAUCCUUCUCUCGCUCUUGGAGUGAAGUGCUCACUUAUAGUCUUGUGCAGUUUAUCAUAUCUCAACCUUGUGGGAGGGUGGCAGUCAGAUUCCAUUUGAACCCAAACAAUAGCCUCGUCUGUAUUUUUGAUCGACUCAUUGCAAUAAAGAGAUUACAAAGAUAGACUGUUCUGUUUAACAUUCGUGAAGGGAUGUAACAGUGUUCCUGUGAUCCAAUCACAUGACCUCUUGCAGGGAUGCUACCAGAAAUAACCCUCAUUAGUGUUGAAUCAGUAUCUGCACCUAGAGCCAAAUGCAUCCACUAAUUCCUCAAUAUAAAAUAUUAAGUGCUGUACCUGCCUCGAAUUCAUUCUUUUUCUCAUUUUUUUUUAUUAAAUGAUAGCGCCAAAACGCUUUGCAGAACAUCAGCUUCUAGUGGCUUUUAUGUGACGAUUCCCUGCAAAACUGAGUUCAGUAUAUAAGGGCUAUCGCUAUUGGUUUUGGGUAUGAAAGGUUCAAGCGCCAUGAAAGGGUGGUUUGUUUCAGUUUAUGUUUGAAGGAAAAGUUCUGAUCUUGUCUAUGGAUGCUCUUUCAAAAAAUGUUGUGGAUGUUAAUUUAAAUGACUUGAUUUUUGUGUUCAAAUAAAUUUGCACUUUGGUAUAAAUAGCGCUGUGAUCUAUUCAUGCACAUGUCAUCUCUUUUUUUUUAUGUAUAAUGUAGCAAAGUGAUUGAAUUCCUGAUUUGUUUUUCUGUCUGCGUCAUUGUUCUGUGUUGUAAAAGUACAAUAAUCGCAUUCUCAGACGCAGAACAGAGGGGUCGAAAGGAGCACUAUUGCACACAAUGGGGUAAAAUACAGUAUGGAAAAUAUAUGAAAUGUAUUGCAAUAAAGAAUUAAAGCCUUA